AUGACCAACGCCAGCGACAAAUUCCCACCGACAGAGGGCGCUGCUUACAACGUGUCUGCGGGCGUCGAAUUCAGCGACGCGAUGCGGAUCUACAUGAUGACAGCGACUGCCUUGCUGGGAGUUGCCGGCAUCGUCCUCAACUCCCUCGUCGUCGCGACGGGACUCCGCUUCCGACAGUUCCGCAACAGCGCGCACUACGCGGCGGCCGCGCUCUCCGUCGCCUACCUGCUCGACGGCAGCGUACGCGGCCCGCUGACGUUCGCGCGCUGGCUGCUGCUGCCGCGCGGCCCCGCGAGCGAGGCGCGCUGCCACGUGUUCAGCUUCACCGAGACGCUGCUGCUCUACGCUUGCUUUCUUCACCUGUUCGUUAUCGCCGGCGACCGCUACGUCGCCGUCAUGCGUCCGCUGCAGUACGGCCGCCUGGCGACGGGCGGCCGCGUCGCCGCCGCGUCGGUCGGCGCGUGGUGCGUCGCGCUCGCCCUCAUCGUCGUCUGCAGCAGCCCGUCGUGGACGGACGGCGUGCCCUGCUUCGUCAACUCGGGGCUGGAGCAGUACAACGUCUUCACGCUCUCCUCCUUCUCACUGCCCGCCGUCGUCUUACUCGCUCUCUACGCGCGCAUCUGGCGCGAGUCGCGUCGCCAGGCAACCCGCAUCGCCGCCGUGGCGACGGGAGGCGGCAGCGGCGGCGUGUCGCUGCAUCGCGGGACGGUGACGAUAGGCGCCAUCUUGCUCGUCUUCAUGCUCAGCUGGGUGCUGUUUCUCGCGCUGGGCGUCGCGCAGCUGCUGUGCGCAUGCGUGCCUGCGUCGGCGUUCGAGGUCGCAAAGUUCUUCAUCUCGGGCAAUGCCGUGCUGAAUCCUUUGAUCUUCGCCGUACGCAGCAGCAGGUAUCGCAGGGCUUUCUACGCGCUGCUCACUGGCUCGCACUACACUGAUGACGCUUAA